AUGAGGCUGCCGCCCUUUCUACCAAGCCGUGGGAGCUACACACCGCGUAUUGGUAGGCCACCACCCCCGGACAUUCCGACCCGACUGGAAAUGUUUGCUCUACCGGAUGCAUACACGAUUCUUGACGCGGCGGGGCGAGUUGCAGUAAUCUGUAUCGCGAAUCUCGCGCUGGGCUUUGGCAUUCGCGUCGCUAUUGCAGUCUAUCACAAAUCUGUUGGCCCCACCGUUAGCGAAGAAGAUGAAGUGAGAGCUCGCAGCUUUGAAGCGCCCCGCACGACCGAUAGCGUCGCCGUGGCUGCCGAAGAUAUAGCAACGUCUGAAGCUUCCGUUACUUCUGCGGAUGUAACGCCAUACGAGGCAAGCGAUACGAAAGUUCGAGUCUCGCAGUUAUUCAUCUACCCUAUCAAGGCAUGUGCGGGUGUUCCCGUCGAGAGUGCGCGUGUGACAGAUCGAGGUCUCCAAGAUGACCGGCUCUUUAUGGUUGUUGACAGCACUGGGCGAAGUCUCACUCAGAAAAAACAACCGCGGUUGACUUUGGUGCGUCCAUCGUUUGACGAGCGGGGCAGGUUAUACCUGGAGGCUCCUGGUAUGGAGCCAUUUGUACAUGAUGUGAAAAAGUGGGGGAGCAAGCAAUCAGUGACGCACCUCAUGGCCACUUGUGAUGCGAUCGAUCAGGGCGACGAUAUCGCAAACUUCUUUGUGACAUUUCUGGGAACCCCAAACCUACGGCUGGUGCGAAUGCGAGAAGGGUUUGUGCGAAGAAUCGAAAACAAACACGUGAAGCCUGGAAAGUAUCAGACGUCGUUCUCGGACGCCUACCCGUUUUUGCUGGUAUCAGAGGCGUCGCUUGGUGAUCUGUCGGAAAGGUCGGGCAGAGAGUUAGAAAUUUCGCGGUUUCGGCCGAACAUAGUGAUCGCCGGGAAGGGUCUUCUGCCAUUCGAAGAAGACAGAUUUAAGAAAUUGGAAAUUGGGGAGAAAGCGACGUUUGAGGUCGCGCAACCAUGUACUAGAUGCAAGGUUGUGACUGUGGAUCCGUCUACUGCGGUACUGGAUGUGGAGAAUCAACCAACAGAAGCACUUAAGACUUUUCGGAGCUUUAAAAAAGCGGUGGUUUUCGGGCAAAACUUGGUGCCCACACAUAGAAGUCGAGUGGUCCACCUUAACAUCGGGGAUGAGGUGAAAAUCACAGAAACACAAAAUGUGCCCAUUUCAGAUGCAGUUGAAAAAGAGAGGGAGUCUAAUUGCAGAUGAACAAAACGGUGGAUGAAACUGCAAGUAGUUCGACUACCCUCAUCUCAGACAAGGGACAAGUCAUUGCCGCGAUCUAAUGAUUGCAGAACUGGUUUACAGUUUUGAUGUCGAUCAAUGGAUUGCUAACAAAAAGGGUUCCAGCGUAAUUUUUUCACCCUCAAUCGCCCUCGAGCUAGAACAGCACCGCAUAGUUAUCAGGAUAAAACGUCCUGCUCCGAAGGGUCAAUCGUGAAGACGGUUGAACUAUGUGUACUGAAAGGAGAAGAGUACUCUAGGAGCACCUGAAUUGUGUUUCUAGAGACAGGAUACGCUCUUGCGGAAGCUAAAGCAGACCUCUCGCAGAGUUUUUAUGAAUUCUUCCGGCAUCGUACUGUACGGUAAUAGGAUACAGCACUGUACUAGAGGGAAACCUAUUACAAAAAAUGCGAAACAAUUUGAAAUUUUCUGACCAUUCUUCGAUAAAGUCAUCGCAUGAGGGGUUACCAUGCAGUAGCGUA